AUGUUCCGGGCACUUGUGGGAGGGAUUAAGGAUGGAAUAUCUUUGAAAUCCUGGACAGGCCUUCAAUUUGUACGAUGGCGACGAAAACCUCGUUGGCUACCGAUGGCCAGGACUCGCUACAACAAAGUUCCCGUGCGAAAACCCGUGGAUCCAGAAGAGAAGGAUGAAAUGAUGCGCCUCUAUAAUAUGUAUCGUACCCAGUAUAGGAGUGUCAGGAGAUUCCUUGCUGCUGAGGUGGAGGCAAAGGCUGCCCAAGCCACUGUGCUGACAAUGGAUCCCAAAGUGGAGGAAGCAGAAGUGCAACAUUGCUUUGAAAUCAACGAGGAAUGGAAUAAGAAGGUCGCUGCUGUCCGAGACCAGAGACUCCAGGAGGAGCUAAAAGUGCAAAAAGAAGAAAUUCUGACACGUCUCGAGGCAAAGAAGCUUCGUGAAGAGGAACGUAGGCAGAUGGCUGAAGAGAAGGUAAAGCGUGAAAUUGAAAGAUCCAAGAAUUUCAUCCCACGAGAGAAGCUAGAGGAAGCUAUAGAGCACGCCUUGGCGAAUCCUGUGGAUUUCAAUUUUGCCAUUGACCUCAAUAUGAACCUCUACAAAGGACGCACAACAGCCACACCAACGGAAAAUCUCUCCAUAGAUGGGAAAGAUCGUAUCUUGUAGUAGGAAAAGAAAGUUUCAAUAAUAAAGUUAACGUGUAGAAAAA